UCUGCGAAGACUGCUGUCGGCUGAAAGGACUUUGUAGUGUAGCAGGUAGAACGAGGAACGGACCUGUUUUACAAAUGGAUAAAGAGUUAUUUCGCAAACUUGCGUCGAAGAUUGGGAUAACAUCUGUUAAAAUAUUGAGCCAAGCUGAGGAGUACAUGCGAUUAUCCCAAGUGAAGUGUGUUGGACUGGGCUCUGUGACAGCCACCAGCAAGGCAAUUGUUUGUCUUGAGUUGGCAGCGACAUCAAUGAAAUUUCCUUUAGACAAGGAGUAUGCCAUCAAACUAUCUGGACUGAGUUCUAAGGUUUACCACAGUAAUUUGAAAGCUAUGGAGUGCAUGCUGGGCCUGCAGUCGAACCUGGGUCUCCGAGAUCUUGCAGUGCAGUAUGGCUGUUUGGAUGCAGUUAAUGUGGCUUCUCGGAUCCUUCAGCAGUAUGAGGACAGCUUGCCUGCAGCUCAGCAGCAAGAACUUGACUUAUCAAAACCUCUCUUUACCACAGCUGCCCUAUAUACAGCAUGCAAGUGCAUGAAAAUCAGAACUGACAGAAAAUUAGCCUCUUCAUCUGGAGCCAGAAAGGGAAUCUUUGACCGGCUAUGUACACAAUUCCAGAAAUUUGGACAGCAGAUCUCCCAUGAGGCAUCCUCUAUGGAGGAACCAAUCAAAAAAGCUCAAAAGAGGCAGAAGACUCUCACUGAAAUGUUAGAAAUGGAAGACGAUGAUGGGAAUUUGGUAACACCCCCUAAGGAACUACAUAUUGAGAAGACAGAGGAGGAAGUGACAAAAAAUUAUGAAGAGUGGAAAAGAAAAAUCCUUGAAAAUGCACUAAAAGCAAAGGCUGUAGCUUCAUAAACUCAAUGCUUUAUGUCUCCAUUUUAUUUAAUUAUGGUUCUGCAUUAUGUUGGCUGGACCCUACUUGGGGUAGGAUUUGAUGUCUUGGUAACAACAUUAGUCAUCUGCCCUCUUCUGGCUUCUUUUGUGAAAUUCACUUCCAUUGAAGUAUGGACAUUUUAAGAGGGCUUUGGUCACUUUUUUCCAGUGAAGUGACAGAUUUAGUUCAUUACCAUACCAUGUUAUGUUCCUAACUUAAAUGUCUUCUUGCAAUGGCAGGAUUUUAUAAUUGUUCAUUUAGUUGUGUGGUAGGUGUACAGUAGGUGUGAAUGUUGAGAUUUGAACUUGUGUUAAAUCAGUCAUCUGUUUAAUGCAUCAUGAUUAGAUAAUUGUCUAGUGAGAAUGUGACUUAAUUUUUAACAGUUUUUUGUGAUGCUGGUUUGAAUCACCAUAACAAACAUUUUAGUGUAUUGAUAUCAAGUAUUCAGGAGCUUCUGAUGUGUUAUCCAUUUGUUUCAGUAAGACAUGGCUCUUGGGUGUUUCUGGUUUAUGUAGUCAUGAUAACAAAAUUAAACUUUAUUACUAUUGUGUUAGGGCACAUUUAUAAUUUUCUUUAAUAACAUGCAUUUCCAACAGAAGCAAAGUACAGAUGUUUGUGACAGUCAAUAUUGCAAUUGAAAUGGGUUUCUAUACAAGCACACUCUACAAACAAUCUCUAACAGAGAAAUGGCCAAACAGAACUGCCCUAUAAAGAGUCCUAAUUUCUGUGCCCUUAUAUGCCAGUUACCAUGGCAACAGCAGAACCACAUUUGUGCAUAUAUUUGUUUAUGCUCUCACCAUAUAAAUGUUUACAACUUGUCAUUUAUGCUACAAAAUGCAAAUGAAGAGCAAUGCAAUAAAUUCUUUGUUACAGUAUUAAUAUUAAAAAAUUCUGGAAUAAGUGAAACUGUUUUAAAUGAGAAUUUGAAAAAAAAAAAAAAAAAAGAAAA